AUGUCGAAUUGCAGGAAUCGCCGGCCCAGUCACGGGGCCUCCAGAAACACGCAAACUCUCACACUCACAUCUCCACCACCACCACCACCCCCCAUCGAGUCAGACGAGCGGGGCGAGGUCGUUGGAACGCAUGGAUCUCACCCACGAGAACGAAGCUCUUGGGAUGAAGAAGACGAAGAAGACGACGAUGAAGACGAAGAAGACGACGAUGAAGACGAAGAAGACGACGAUGAAGACGAAGAAGACGACGAUGAAGACGAAGAAGACGACGAUGAAGACGAUGAAGACGAAGCUCGUAGAGUCUUGAUUUUUGUAUUUGACUCCAUCGCUACGGCGUGGUGGCGAUUCGAUCGGAGUCGCACGCCCCCGUCGUCGGUGGGAAGAAGAGAAAGAGGAAGGAGGAAGAGGAGGUAG